AUGGUCGACGACGAUCACACGAAGACUACCGACGCGUCGGCUUGCUUCGACGCCUACGAUCCGAAUAAUCCGACUGGAGAGGGAGAAGGUGGAAAGUUGGAGAAGAAGCCGUCGCAGGCGAAGAAUAAACAACAAUCCGGAAAGAAGAAGGGCAAGGGAAAGAAGAAUAAGAAUACGGUGUCGGUGCAGAGUGUCGAGUGUCAACCUCCGCCUGAUAAGGAGAAGGUGUCCAACUCGAAGAAAUCGAAGCGAUCUUUGAGAGAGACGAAACAACCGACAUCGGGACCCGAAAACCAGCCACAAUCGAAUCCAGAGAAGAAGGAGAAGGUGGCGACAAUGAUUGAAGACGAAGCGACUCCGAAGGAGAAGGAAAAGGGAGAGAGACAAGAGAAGAGGACUCAGGAGGAUUCGAUUGAUAAGUAG